AUGACCCUCGGCAUGGACAUGUCCGGCCUCUUCCCCAUGAUGAUCUCUGCCGCCAACCUCUCCCCCGACGACGUCGUGCUCAAGAAGAUGCUGUACCUGUACAUAACCCACUACGCGAGCACCACGCCCGACCUCGGCCUGCUGACCAUCAACCAGCUGCAGAAGGACGCGCGGGACCAGGACCCGACGGUCAGGGGGCUGGCGCUGCGCAGCCUCUGCUCCCUGAGGAUCCCAAACCUACUGGAGUAUGUGGUGGGUGGCGGCGCUGGGCGGCGACGGCGCCAGCCUUGUGUGCGCGGCCGGGCGCUGCGGUGUGCUGUGCGCCUAUGGGAUCAUCGCAUCAGCAGCGUCGAGGGUUCCGCGUCUGCGCUGCCCGCGGGCCGAUCGUUGGUGGCGGUCGGCAGAUGCUCCCUGUUGCAAGGCUAG